ACUGCAACCAAUAUUGUGCAAAAGUGAAUGAAAUGCUCGCAAAAAUAAAACAAUUUAAUCCUCAAAAUCAGUGAAAUGGGAUUAUUUAUUUUCCUUAGAUAAGUUUUUUUUUAUUAAAGCUGCUUACAGAUGUUUUUAAUUUAUCUUAUUCAUGCUUAACUUAGAUUUCGCUUAAAGUUUGUUGCAUAGUGUAACUUUUGACACAGGUGACAGUUCACGACGAAAAAAUAAACAUAAACAAAAGUCAAAAACUUGGCGCGCGAAUGUUUCCUCAUGACAACAUUCAUUCACAAAACUAAGAUUUUUAUUUAGCUGAUUUUCUGUGUAUUUCCCCCGAAAAUGAAUGCAACUCAAGAGUUCAUUCGGAGGCAAAUGGGAGUGGGAAAAAGGAGGAGAAAUUAUGAUAUUGCCCUAAGUAGGCUUGGUGUUCAUCGUACGGAUAAUUGGAAAGGACUAAUAAGUACAAUUGGAAUUGAUGUUGAAUACAAUGUCCUUCCGCCAAUAUAUGCGGCAAAAUUUGCAAAUACCGAAAAUUCCUAUCAUCUCCUGGCACUUGCAAAUGAGGAUGGAAAGAUUGCAAUUCAUGACACAGACAAAAUUCUUUUUGACGAGGAGAUUGCUCGUCAACACCACCAAUUGUCUGGGUAUCAGUGCCACAACAAUGCGGUGUGUGAUAUCGCUUGGAUGCCGGGUGAGAUGAAGCUCGUGUCAGCGUCCAGUGAUAGCAAUUCGUGCCUCUGGGACGUGAGUAAUGGGGAAUUUGUACACGUACGUACAUUUGCUGGUCAUACACGAAGUGUGAAAACAGUUGCAUUUCGCCAAGAGGAUUCUGCUGUAUUUGCCACCGGUGGACGCGAUGGGGCUAUCUUGAUAUGGGAUACACGAGUUCUGCCGUCGGUGGAUCAAAUUCCUCGUGCAGACAAUUGCAUCUUCAGUGGUCACGCGGAGUACCAUGAAAAUCGACUGAAGAAGACUCAUACCACGAAUGCGUACAAGAGUAGUAUUACAGGAUUGGGAUUUCAAGAUGAACAAACCCUCAUUUCGUGUGGUUCUGGAGAUGGUGUUGUGAAAGUUUGGGAUCUCCGUAGGAACUACACAGCCUACAAGAAGGAGCCAUUGCCUAAGCAUAGUCUACCCUACGGUGGAUCCACUACAUUUAAGGGCUUUACAAAUCUCGUGGUAGAUUCUAAGCGUUUCCGGUUGUAUGUAAAUUGCAUGGAUAACACAAUCUACUGCUACAACAUAUCUACGUACAACCAGAAACCCCUGCAGAAGUACGUUGGAUUCAAAAACGGCAGCUAUUACAUCCGUGCCUGUCUCAGUCCCGAUGGUCAGUACCUUGUAAGUGGAAGUAGUGACGAGAAGGCCUAUGUGUGGAAUGUCGAUAAUCCCUCACCCCUCGCCGUGCUGUGUGGUGGGGAAAAAAUGAAUGCAUCGGGUGAUGUGGAAAUGAGCUGCGUUGCUUGGAGUCAAUCGCGGGAUUUGCGUAUUGUCACGUGCACAGAUGAUGGAAGGCACAAGAUUUGGCGUGUUGGACCAUCGGACGCAGAUGCACCGAUGCGGAGUUCCUACCGCCAGUGGGCACAAAUGCUGCCACAUUGUGAGAAGAAGGUUGAAAAGGUCAACAAGACGUGCAAAACUUGGUGGAGUAAUGGUGGAAGUACGCCCAGUUCAAGUGGACGCGUCGCCCAGAAGAGGACUUUCGCUGAAAUUGAUGAUGAUUGUGGGGAAAUGGACUUUGGGGAGGUGAAACGGUGUCACAUUGAACCCAAGGGACGACGUCUUUUCCCCACAACACUCCCAGCAAAUGCGACAAUUGAAAAUUCCUCAAAUGAACAAAAAUCUCCGGUGAAGAGCCCGACUGUGUCUUCACCACUAUCUGAACGUGUUAACGUAAUAGCAUCUUCGGAUGCAGCAGCAUCAUCUCACGUGAAUGUCCUUCUCUUCUCACCAACAUCCAAUCUCCCCAAUUAUGUGGUGGACGGACAAGCACCGCAUUUACGGGUAAUAUCACCGAAGAGAAAAUCAAAGGAAAAUGUGGAUUGGCUCACGCGAAUUCGUAAGCAGAAAUUGCAGCAAGUUUCAGCUGCUCUCGGAGCGGCAAGUGACGGGGAGUCAUCUGCAGGACCCUCAUCACCAAGGGUGCAUACACUUAGGGAUGAAGAUGCAACUGUACACUGUAAUUCUUCAACCCCGCGACGACGUUCCUCACGAUCUAGCUCAACAUCAGAUAGGCCACGUACGCCAAGUAAUAGAAAUGGAACAGAAUCAAUUUUGAGAUUCUUAACACCCACAACGUCCACAACGACCUCACCGAAGCGCAAAUAGGCAGCUGCCCAACGUGUAUUGUAUUAAAUACCUACUUGUUUGUUUAAUGCAAUUUUAUUUAGUUAAUAAAAAUGCUGCAGGAAGGGUUGAGAUGAGAAAA